CGCCGAGCCAUGAGCGCCCCGCGGCCCGCGUGCGCCGGGGAGGCGCCGUCCCCGUCCCCGCUGCGGUCCCUGCUCCGCCACGUACAGCUGGAGAACCUGGCGGCGGGGCUCAGCGGCGGCGUCGUCUCCACCCUGGUGCUCCACCCGCUAGACCUGGUCAAGAUCCGCUUCGCAGUCAGCGACGGCUUGGAGCUGAGGCCGAAAUACAAUGGCAUUCUCCACUGCAUGAGCACUGUCUGGAAGCAUGAAGGACUCCGAGGCUUGUAUCAAGGAGUGACUCCAAACAUGCUGGGAGCAGGAGCUUCCUGGGGGCUUUACUUUUUCUUUUACAAUGCCAUCAAAGCUUACAAGAAGGAAGGGAAGCUGGAAAGUCUCAGUGCAUCUGAACACUUAGUGUCAGCUGCAGAGGCAGGAGCCAUGACUCUCUGUAUCACCAACCCAAUCUGGGUGACCAAGACACGGCUUGUGCUGCAGUACAACGCUGGAGUGGAUCCCUCGAAGCGGCAGUACAGAGGCAUGUUGGAUGCCCUGGUGAAGAUCUACCGGGCAGAGGGCGUGCGUGGCUUGUAUAAGGGAUUUGUGCCUGGUCUCUUUGGAACUUCACAUGGAGCACUUCAGUUCAUGGCAUAUGAGGAUUUGAAACUGAGAUACAACAAAUACAGGAACAGAAUGUCAGAUACAAAACUGAGCACUGUGGAAUACAUAAUGAUGGCAGCUGUAUCCAAAAUAUUUGCUGUGUCAGCAACAUACCCCUAUCAGGUGGUGCGAGCUCGUCUCCAGGAUCAGCACAAUGUCUAUUCUGGUGUCUUUGAUGUGAUCAGCAGGACCUGGAGGAAAGAAGGACUUCAUGGAUUUUACAAAGGCAUUGUUCCCAACGUGAUCAGAGUGACUCCUGCCUGCUGCAUCACCUUUGUGGUCUAUGAGAACGUGUCUUCUCUUCUACUUGCUUUUAGAAAAGCAAAUGAUUAAAAGGUGUGGGCUUGUGUUCAUGAGGAAUCUAUCUUUUAUUGCUCUGUUCAUCACCUGGGAGAGCUUUAGUUCAGCAGUCUCCUUCAACCCUGGGAACUGAGCUGGUGGGUUCGAGGAAAGAACCUGGAGACGCUAGCACCCUGCCAACAGCUCCUCGGCUCAGUGUUCCUGCUCUGCUGCCUUCCUCUCCCCAUCAGCUGUGUCUGCUGGGACCAGAUGUCUCUGCAACUGAAAGAGUAGCACUGUGACUGGGUGAAGGCAGCUGUGCAGCAAUUCAGUUCGUCCUGGCCUGCCUGGAAUAGCAGACCAAACUGUUUUGACAAGCCUCAAGAUAACAGUUGGCCAGAUUCUACUCCUGCAGGAGUGGGAAAUAGAUGAAAGCAGCUCUGGGGGCUGUCAGAGCUCUCUGAAAGUCUUCAUCUGAGCCUCAUAAAGAAAGUAUGUAUGUAGCUGUUAACAGCACUCUUCUGACCCCACCUCUGUGUUGUCAGAUCCUUGGAUAUGGAAUGCUCCGAAUUCCAUUGCUUAUUCAACACCGAAAUGCUGCCUCGGUGGGGGGGUGCCGUUUGGAAAGUGGAGUCGUGUUGGAGCACAGCUGUACAUUCUUGGGUUUGAGUAAGUGCCAGGCUGAUGAAACCCACUUCUUCUCUCACACGAGGGCAGAUUUCCACUGGGGUUUUUGGCUGGCUUUUAGCACCAGACCCAAAGUGUCUCUUGGAUGCGUAGCUGCCACUUACUUCAUUCCUUGUCCCUCUUCCCUGCCUGCCCUCUCUGUCACUCGCUGAGCAGGAAUCCAUCUCUGUAACUGAAACAGCUGACCAAAUAUCACCUAGUGCUGGAGAGCAGAGAAGGAGAUCCUAUGCCCUUGAGCCAAUCUCACCUGAAAAUGGCAUGCAGUCAUUAUGGCUAGCUUUGGGGUUUAUGAUGGAAGUUUUCACCUGCACUUAGCUGAAGAGCAAAUUUACUGCAAGUGUAGCAUGCAAAUUACUGCACAGCUCCCCAGCAGCUACUAAUUUCUGCCUUUGCAGGCUGCUCCCUUGGGUUUCUGUGCUUCUCAGUACCCAGGAGGAGAUUAAUGGAACACAAAAGUUAACUCUGCUACCCAGGGUCCAAAAAAAUCUUUUGAAGACCUAUGAAUAAAUUAAAAGGAAAGAUUAAAAGUUGAGCACUUCCUGCCCUGGAUUAGUCUGCUCUUAGCCCAGAACAGCUUAGUUGUGCAGCAGGAUCAGUGCAAAGGCAGGCUGCAAGCAUGUCCUGGUUGCCUCUAUGAUUCUCUGUAUGUACACAGUCAGUUACUCUAUGUGAGCUGGCAUUCUGUGCAUUCAUACUACAGCUUAGCUCACAGUAACUCCUUUGUGUUCAGAUACCUCCAAACCUCUCCUCCCUGCCAAGGAAAACAUUACAGCUCCUCAGAUACAGAAUGCUGCCUGUGUGACUUGCUGGCUUGCAGCAGUUAUCACACACAAGCUACUUCAGACAUGCAGUUAGGAAAGCCUGAAAAUGCUCUGCUAGCUGCAGGUGUGCUCCACUCCUCUCUCAGCCUUAAGCUGCAGACAAGAGCUACCAAGGUGAGAGAAAAUCUUACAACCUCUUCAGAAUUAAUACAUAAAUAAAGCUGAGAUUCAAUCACAAAUUGCUGAAGUGAAUUCCUCAUCUCAGAUUUAGUGGGUUUUCCCUUCCAGUUUCUGGGAAGGAUAUAGAUUUCUGCAUGCUACACAUGAUUUUUCUUGUGGGUUUUUGGUUUAGUUCAUUCAUUUUAAUUGGACUUGGUGACCUAAACAGGGCUGUUGUUCCCCUUCAGAAUCUGGACAGCUGGGUUUAAUAAAGCAUUUGGAAGAAAAUACUUAACAACACUGAAGCAAACUGUGCUGGCAUGAUCAGUGAUGAGACUUGCCCAGUCUGGAAGAUGCAGUCAAGUAGCUGUGACAUCAUCUUUCCCCUUUAGCACCUUUUUGAAAGGCAUUUCAACCUGCCUUAUUUCUGUAUCCUCCAGACUAUUUGCUCUACCUAGCUUUUAAUUAACACCCAAACCAUUGAGAUGUACCUGAAUAGCUAAAUCCAGAACGAUUUUUUUUUCAGAGCAAUUAAAGUUCUGUAACUGAAAAGUUAUCAUCUGCAUGGUAGUAAUGGAGAGCAGUAAGAAAUGUUGCUACUGAAAUCCAGCCAUCAAAGGCCUUAGGGAAAGAGACCUUGCAUAGUCUCUUUCUACUGCAUUACUCAGAAUGAACUCCUGCCACAUCAUCUAGGUCAGAAUUAAGUCACAGAAUCACAGAAUGUCAGGGGUUGGAAGGGACCUCCAGAGAUGAGCCAGUCCAAGCCCCCUGCCAGAGGAGCAGCACCCAGGGCAGGAUGCACAGGAACACAUCCAGGCAGGUUUGGAAAGGCUCCAGAGCAGGAGACUCCACAGCCUCUCUGGGCAGCCUGCUCCAGGGCUCUCACACCCUCACAGCAACAAAGUUCCCCCUCCUGUUCCCCUGGCACCUGCUCUGCCCCAGCUUGCCCCCAGUGCCCCUUGUGCUGUCACUGCACAGCCCUGAGCAGAGCCUGGCUGCGUCCUCCCGACACUGCCCUGCACAGCUUUAGCACACACUGAGGGCAGCCCUCAGGCUGCUCUGCUGCCAGCUGCCAGCCCCAGCUGCCUCAGCCUGGCCUCACAGGAGAUGUUCUCUGCCUGCAGCAGCCUGGGGGCUCUGGGCUGGGCUCUCUCAAGCAGUUCCCCAAGGUCCUUGAACUGAGACCCCAGACCAGGGCACAAUAUUCCAGAUGUGACCUCACCAGAACAGAGUAGAGAGAGAGAACUUCUCUUGACCUACUCACCACAGCCCUUCUGAUCCACCCCAGGAUGCCCUUGGCCUUCUUAGCCACCAGGGCACAUUGCUGGCUCAUGGGCACCCUUCUGUCCACCAGACCUGUCAAGUACCUGUCCUACCUUUCCCUUAUGCUGCUUUCCAGCAGGUCAGUCCCCAAUCAGGAGCUUGCUAAGAGACUUGAGGCUGUGCCAGCAGAGCAUCCUGUUGUGCAGUCAGGUUGACAGGAGCAGAUGUUACAUACAGUUUCCAAAGACUAAAACCAAGACUUGAGGUUACUUAGCACUGUCUAUGAAGUCUUGUAACAUAAUCAAUGAUGUCUCAUAACUCCUGUAAAAUACCUGAAAACAGUUUGGUGAUCAAUAAAAUAGCCUGGAUUUUUAUAG